AGGAGUCGAAAACAGCAGGACUGACGAGCGGGGUACUCUGAUCACAAUGGAUGAUCUGAUCCAGGAUCAGUCCAGAUGUGGAGCUUGUGAGCAGGUUCUAAGAGAUCCGGUCUCUAUCACCUGUGGACACAGUUUCUGCAGACAAUGCAUUAGUUUUGUCUGGGAUCAAUUGAGACUAGAAGACUUUGACUGUCCUCAGUGCCGACAAAGAUCAAGAACACAUCCUGAUCUUCAGAUGCACAGAGUCUGCUACACACAAGGAGCCCUGCAGGAGGAGACUGGAGACCUGAAAAAAAGAAUCAAAGAAAAGCACAAAAACAGCCUGAGGAACAAGUAUGAAAGUUUGUUUGAGGGAAUUAAAAUCCAGGAGAAUGAAACCCUCCUGAACAGGAUCUACACACAGCUCUACAUCAUAGAAGGAGAGGGAGAAGGGGUGAAUGAGGAACAUGAGGUUUUACAGAUAGAGAAAACAGGCAGAACACAACAUUCACAAGACACUGGAAUCCACUGCAGUGACAUCUUUAAAGCCUCACCUAAACCAGAAUGUGAGAAAUACAAAAUCAGACUAGUUCUUACUAAAGGCAUUGCUGGAAUCGGAAAAACUGUCUCUGUGCAGAAGUUCAUUCUGGACUGGGCAGAGGGGAACUCCAAUCAGGAUGUAGAUUUCAUGUUUGUGCUUUCAUUUCGAGAGAUGAACUUGAUUCAAGAUCAUCAGUAUAGUCUUCACAGACUUCUACUGGACUUUCAUCCUGAACUUCAAGAUCUGAACUCACAGAUUUAUGAGGAAUGUAAAAUUGUGUUCAUCUUUGAUGGUCUGGAUGAAAGCAGAAUCACACUGAAGUUUUCAGAUGCUCAGAAAGUUUCUGAUGCUACUGAGAUUUCAUCAGUGGAUGUGUUGAUGUUAAACCUCAUUAAAGGAGAGCUGCUUCCCUCUGCACACAUCUGGAUCACAUCCAGACCAGCAGCAGCCAGUCAGAUCCCCUCCAAAUACAUCAACCGUCUGACAGAAAUUCAGGGAUUCAAUGAGCCUCAGAAGGAGGAAUAUUUCAGGAAGAGAAUCAGUGACCAGCAUCAAGCCAAUGCAAUCAUCUCACACAUCAGAAGAGCAAGAAGCCUCCACAUCAUGUGCCACAUCCCCGUCUUCUGCUGGAUCUCAUCCACUGUGCUUCAGAAGCUCCUGAAAGAAGAUCUGAGUGCAGAAGUCCCUCAAACUCUGACUGAAAUGUACAUCCACUUCCUGCUGAUUCAGAUCAACAUGAGGAACCAGAAGUAUGAAGAGAGAGAUCCAGAGAAACUUCUGCAGUCCAACAGAGAAAUGAUUGUGAAACUUGCUGAAGUGGCUUUCAAACAGCUGAUGAAGGGCAAUGUGAUGUUCUAUGAGAAAGAUCUGAGAGAGAGCGGUAUAGAUGUCAAUGACGCCUCUGUGUAUUCUGGGAUUUGUACUGAGAUCUUUAAAGAGGAAUCAGUGAUUCAUAAGAGGAAAGUCUACAGCUUCAUUCAUCUGAGCAUUCAGGAGUUUCUUGCUGCUUUUCAUGUGUUUUACUGCUAUUUACGCAGUACAACAGAAACCCUUAAGGUUUUUGAUUCAAUGCAUAAUCUGCAUCAAGGAGCAAUGGAUAAAGCCAUUGAGAGUGAAAAUGGACACCUGGAUCUGUUCUUGCGGUUCCUGCUGGGUAUCUCACUGGAGUCCAAUCAGAGACUCUUACAGAAUCUGCUGACAUACACAGAGAACAGCUCAGAGAGCAUCAGGAGAACCUCACAAUACAUUAAAGAGAAGAUCAAAGAUGGACAUGGACUCUCCACUGAAAGAUCCAUCAACCUGUUCCUUUGUCUGCUGGAAGUGAAAGAUCAGACUCUGUCCAGAGAGAUUCAGGCAUUUGUGAAAUCAGACAAACACUCAGAGAAGAAGCUCUCUCCUGCUCACUGCUCAACAAUCGCCUACAUGCUUCAGAUGUCAGAAGAGGGGCUAGAUGAGUUGGAUCUGAAGAGAUACAACACAUCAGAUGAGGGUAGAAGAAGACUUAUACCAGCUGUGAUUAACUGCAGAAAAGCUCUACUCGCUGGCUGUCAUCUUACUGAUCAGUGUUGUGAGAGUUUAUCAUCAGCUCUACAAUCCUCAAAUUCUGUCCUGAAAGAGCUGGACCUGACUAAUAAUGACCUACGGGAUUCAGGAGUGAAACUUCUCUCUGAUGGACUAAAGAAUCCAAACUGUCUGCUGGAAAUAUUGAGGUUGUCUGGAUGUAUGGUGACAGAGGAAGGCUUUUGUUAUUUGUCUUCAGCUCUGAAUUCAAACCCCUCACACCUAAGAGAGCUUGAUCUGAGCUACAAUCACCCAGGACAAUCAGGAGUCCAGCUGCUCAACCACAAACUGAAUGACGCAAACUGCUCACUGCAGAUACUCAAUGUGGGUUAUGGAGGAGAUUUCAGGAUUACAGCAGGACUACAAAAAUAUGCCUGUAGUCUCACUCUAGAUCCAAACACUGCAAACUCUCAUCUGAUCCUGUCUGAAGGGAACAAAAAGGUAACAUAUGUGGAAGAGGAAGAGUCAUAUCCUCAUCAUCCAGAGAGAUUUGAGCACCAUCCUCAGGUUCUGUGUGGAGAGAGUCUGACUGGACGCUGUUACUGGGAGGCUGAAUGGAGUGGGAGGGGGACAGAAAUAUCAAUGACAUACAAAGAUAUCAUCAGGAAAGGUGGAAGUGACUGCAGAUUUGGUUUCAAUCAAAAGUCCUGGAAUCUGAGCAGUUUUUAUAACAGACUCACUGUCUGUCACAAUAAUGACAGCAGUGAUAUAUCAACCCCUUCAUCCUCUAAUCGAGUAGGUGUCUAUCUGGACUGGUCUGCUGGUUCUCUCUCCUUCUAUAGUGUCUCCGACACACACACACUCAAACACAUACACACAUUCAACACCACAUUUACUGAACCCCUCUAUGCUGGGUUUGGGGUUUAUUAUGGUUCCCCAGUUUCUCUGUGCUAGACUGAACAACGGAGUUGGGAUGCUUGGACUCGGACUGCAAUUAUGAAUGAGCUUGGACUCGGAUUAACUUGGA